CGUUCCUCCCGCAAGUAGCGUAGUUUUUGCAGUCUGAGAGGGCAAAAAAGAAAAAAGGGCGGGCUUUUUCCUGAGGGAGAUUUGAAUCCCCUCAGAAAGAAAACGCCAUAAAAGUGUUGUUUAUAAACCCCAGUGAAAUCCAUGUGUAUUUUCCCUUUUCAAGUACAAAUUGCCUCAGCCCAUUCAUUUUAUACCCCAUCUUCACUCGCCUAUUUAAAAAACACGUAAAUUAUUUUUUAAAAAACGAGAUUUCUGUUUUAUAGUCCCAAGAUUUUUCUCUCUUCGACCUUUUGUGCGUUUUAGUGAACAAACCCGUCCUUCCCUGUUUUUAACGACCAAAUUGCUCCUUCAACAGAGCAACUAAAAUACAUAGCAAGAUUACCACAGUAUCACUAUUAUCAUUACUGUUUUUAUCUGGGUGAAAUUAUACUAGUCAUUUUAUAUGCAGUCCUUUUGCUUUUUCCUCAAAUUCUGAGAUAAUUCUACUUCCAGACUGAAAAAUCUUAAAUAUUUGCUAAAACAGGGAGCAGCAAAUCCUAUUAAACCCAGCAGGGAAGAAGGAACUUACUUUCAGGCAAGCAGAAGUCUUGACGCUUGGGUUGCUGGUUGUGACAAAUAAAAGGAACUCACCAAGUUAGAGAACACAAUACUGGCAAAAUGUUCUACAUGCAGCUGCUUAUGAAUAAGCGUGGGCCUUUAGCCAAGAUAUGGCUGGCUGCUCACUGGGACAAGAAAGUAACAAAAGCUCAUAUAUUUGAAUGCAAUUUAGAGACUACUAUUGAAAAGAUACUCUCCCCAAAGUGUGCAAUUGCUUUGCGAACCUCAGGACAUCUAUUAUUAGGAGUGGUGCGUAUCUAUCAUAGAAAAACCAAGUACCUUUUGGCAGACUGCAAUGAAGCACUACUUAAAAUGCAGACAGCUUUUCGUCCAGGACUUGUUGAUCUCCCAAGGGAGAAUUGUGAGGCAAAUUAUGAUGCUAUUACAUUGCCUGAAGAAUUCCAUGAUUUUGACACACAACUCCCUGAGGUGAAUGCCAUUGACGUUGCCCAACAUUUUACACUGAACCAGAGCAAAGCUGAGGACAUCACACUUAUGGAAGAGGAUUUUAGACUUCCCCAUGGUGACAGUUUUGGUGAGGAAAUUGAAAUACCAAGGUCAGGUAGUUUCUUCAAUGACAGCUUAUUGCCUAGUUCCAUUGGUGUCUUGGCUGACCACAGUUCUUUGAGCAUCACUGAAAACAAAAUUGCAUUGAGUGAAGAUGCAUAUGUCUUAAAGCAUGAUGGAUUUGGAGACGAAGGAACUGCUGAAGAUAUGAUUGACAGCGUGCUUGGAGAUGAGCACAAUAGCCUCCUUGAGCUCUUUGGCAUACAAGAUGAAUUAAUCCAAACACCUCCAGCUGAUAAUAUAGUAGACCAUCCCACAUCUAAGGAGGAAGCAAAAAGUCACCAACUAAAUGAAACAAGAUUACUGUCCAAUAAAGAAGAAGGCUUUGUGCUUGAACCAAUUGAUAAUUCAGCUCUCAUAAGGAAGCAAAGAGGUAAAAAGAAAAGGAAAUUGCUUGUUGAUGCAGUGAAGGAGAUAAGUAAAAGUACUAUGGAAAAUCAGCUUAUGUACUACAAGGACACUAUAACUACAUUGGAUAUUGCACCUCCAACAAAGAAACUGAUGAUUUUGCAGGAAAUGGGUGGUGUGGAUAAACUUCUGGAUAGACCUGGCCAGCUUUUAAUUAAUGAAGAUUUGCAAAUGGUAAAUAUUUUAAUUGUCAAUACAGAGCCAAUAGCAGAAGAUUCAAGUAAUUCGCAGGACAUAGUUCAUCCAAAAGGUCUAACGAUUUUGCAAAAUGACAGAGAUGAAAGAAAUAAUAAUGAUAUAAAAUUUGAAACUACAGAAGCUGUUGAAAUUGUUUCUGGUUUGUCUGACGGUUUUUGCGCUGACUCCUCUGUAAAACGAGAAUCUGAGACUGAGCAAGCUGCUGUGGAAAGUGAAUUUCAAGGGAGUAAUAUAGAAAGUGAAGAAAAAAGAAGACAUAAGAGAACUCUAUUGCUUUUAAAUACUUUCCGGCAUAUCAACCAGACAGGAGCAAAGUCUUUCAGUCUUCUGGAUCUCUGCAAGAACCAGAACAAUAAGGAAGUUGCAAUCACAUUCUGCAGUUUGCUUGUACUAAAGAAACAACGAGCCGUUGAUGUGGCUCAGGCUGCUCCCUAUGCUGACAUUAUAGUAACAAAGGGCCCAAAGUUCCAUAUUCUCUAAAGGCUAGAAUAAUCUUCCUUUAAUUGUUGGCUGCUCCAAAUGAUAGCUGAACUCUGUGUUUUGAAAAUACUCUAGAGUAACGUCAUUUGUCUGCUUCUUUUAAUCACACUGCUAAUAGUUCUGCAGAUGUAAUUCCUUAAGAAAAGGAGCAAAUAGUUUGCAAAUAUUUUAAUAGCAUAAAACAUUGUUUUAUAAAUAAAAAUUCAAAUUGCCAGUUAGGAGAAAUGCUGAUUUUUAAGAAAUGUGAAGCUAUAAUCUUUGGAAUCGGUCCCCUGUUUUAUGCUGCUUUUCAGAGAAGAUAGAAAGAAAACAAUUGGGCUAUUUUUCUGGUCUUUGCAUUGUUUAUAUGGUUAGCUAACAUGGUUUCCUUUGAAAAGGCAGAUAUCAGUACCUACUAGCAAACACCUGUGGAUCUUGUAAAGUUAUAGUCUUCUGGAGCCAUAUAUUCCUUAAGAGUUUUAAGUCUGGAUGGUGCUUAGUGCAGAGAUUAGAUGCUUUUUUCUGCAGUGUACCCUGUUCUCUUCAGCUCCACUCCAAACCUUGGUUGAUAUUGGCUCCAUGUGUACACAGCCUCUGUAAUAGCUUUGUACUGAUGGCAUAAGUUUCUGUCAAGGGGGAGCGUUAUUGUUUCCUUGCCCCACCAUUUAUUGUGUAUUGGAGAACUUGAAAAAUGUGGAAGACAAACUACUAUCCAGCACACGCCAAGGCUGUGGAGACAGACAAUGUUUUUCAGCAAGCUGAAUGGUGUAUGACAGAGCCAUUAUUGAUUAUGGUUGAACUCUCAUUUCAUUUUCUCUCUUCUGUCGUCUUUGCUCUGGCAGGGUUUGUAUAUUUUAGAAGCACUGGAAAAAAAUAGGAAAACAUAUUUCUGGCCAGAGAGGAGAAUGGGCUGGGGAAAUACAAAUGGCAUACAAGUAAAGCUAAAAGGAGUCUCUGUUUUUUGUUUUCUGGAGAAAUGGGGGGAUACGGUAUCCAGUUUAAAAUUCUUUUUAACUUAUAGUUUUAUAACUUGUUAAAUUAUGUGUUCUAUUUAAAAUGCAAAGUUAAAUGUAAUGUUCUAUUUGUUUUUACUUCAUUCUUUUUUCUAAGAUAUUCUGACAUAUUUAUUUCAUUAAAUAAAUGCAUUUUUUUAC